AUGAAAAGCGAGAAAGUGGUCUUUGAAUCAGGAAAUGCUGAUUUGAGGAAGUUGUUUCUUGAAACUCUCAAACGUAAACUGGAAUUUGUUGGACAAAUGAGAAUUAUUAUGAAUAAGAGAUAGAUGAAAUUACUGGUGAAGAAUCAACAUAUGGAAAAAUGGCAGUUAACAGUGUUCUUUGCGCCUUAUGGUUAAGAAAGCAAGGAUUAAAACCUGCUGACAUUGUAUUCACCUGUACUUUCAACGCAAUGUAUUCCUACAUUCCAGUUUUGGCCACAUUUUACAUUGGAGCAAGUCAUCUUUUUGUUAAAAAAUCAAUACAUGUUGGAUGGUAUCAUACUGCCGACUUUGGCUAUUAUGAGGAGUCUGGUUUAGGAUAUAUUCUUGGAAGAUUAAAAAAUACUUUGAUGGUACAAAUAAACGGAAAUAGUGUACCUCUAUGGAAAACUGACCGCGUUUUGCAGCUAAUCUAUAAAAUUAUAGAAGUUUCAAUUCUAUCAGAUUUAGUAAUUUCGGAUCAUCCAAAGAUUUUCGCUUUUCUAGCGCUCAUGAAAGAAUCAAAGCUGUAG